AGCAUAACAACUUUUUAGGUUUGGAUUUGUAGAUUUUCCUAAAGAUUGUCUUGGUUAUUGCAUAGAAUAGAACAGGACCAUCCCUAUUAUUCCAUGCCUUUUCCUCACGCUAAAAAGUCUUAAACCCCACAUUAACACUCUGUCCAAAUCCCUUUCACCAUUCUAAGUUCUAACUUUUCUUAUCAAUUAUUAUCAAAUUUCCAAACUCAUCUUUCUCUACACAUGGCUUUGAUUUUCUUCUCAGUUAUUCACUUGAAAUAAUUGUAAUCUCAAUGGAGGGAAAUAAUUUUAUCUUGGAAACAGUUAAUUUUUUGUUAGUUGUUUCUUCAGAUCCUCUGUUUUCAUGCAUUGUUGCAUUCUGUUCGUUGAUUCUUAUCUAUUUGCCGCAUUUUUUCUGCAACAUUGUUUUCUCACCUGUUUUGAUUCUCACCUGGGUUCUCUUGUUAAUUGUUCUUCGUUUUGGUGCAAUUCAGAGAUCUCACAGUGAAGAAGAGAAAAGUUUGGAAAAAACAGAAUCUGUUAGCAAUGAAGAAAACAGAGAUGAGAAACAGGGGAAAACAGAGGAAUAUGUGGAAAUCGAUUCUUUCGACGAAAUUCAUAAAUGGGUUUUGAGGAAUUCUGAGGAAAAUUUGAAAUUUGAAAUGGGUUUUGAAUCAAGUUCUUUUCUUGACGAGUCUUUCGUUGAAUGGAACGUGAAAGCGCCAUUGGAGGUUAUAUAUGAAGGUGAAGAAACAGAGGAGAGUUCUGUUGCUGGAGUUUCGAGGUACCCUUCUUUGUCAUGUUAUUAUCCUGAAUCUGAUUCGGAUAGUUCGUCGGAGCAUGAUUUUCCGGUAAUGGGGAACUGGGACUCGCCGGAGGAGAUGGGUUUUAUGUGGGAUGAAGAAGAAGACAGAGAAGGGUUGAUUGAGAUAGCUCUUGAUGGUUGUAAGAAGAAAGAGUUGGAAUUUAUGUUUGAGGAAGAGAAUAUGAUUGAGAUUGAUAUUUCUCCAACGAAACGGAGAGAAUUUUCCGGCGAGGAUGACGUGUUUUCCGGUGAGAUUAGGUGCAAUUAAUGUGAGAUUUAGGAAAAAUUAACAGUGUAAUUAGCAUGUGAUAUGUUUUGGGAUAAGUGAAAUGCUUAGAGAUUUGGAGUUAUUUUGGGUUUUGGCAGGUUAUGCCUCUUUUGGAUGUGAGAUUCUAUCUAAGCUUGAGUUCAAUUAAUCAGUGUUUUUUAAUUCUGCAAUUAAUCUACCUAAUCAAUUAUUAUGGUCA